CGAAAACGCUUUUUUGGAAACAGAUUGACGCCCGCUGCUUUUUCUGCCACCACCAAAACACAUCUACACAACGCUCGCUGGCUCGCUUGCGCGCCUAUCCAAAUUAUUUAUUGUAUGCUGAUGUUGUUUUUGUUUCUGUUUCGCUCUGGCUCAAGAAUUCAAGCAUGUGAAUAAACGGCGCGUACAAUGGUUUUUUUUUUAAUGGAAUCGUGUAGGUACAACCGACUACCAAAUUGAGUAAAUGCAAAUAUGUGUGGCUUUUGAAACAGGUCGUCGGCGUUGGCCAUCUUUCUCGUACACAUGUCGCUGUCGCAUAUACUUUGACUGUUCUAUGGUCGAGAAAAGUUGAAGGAGUUCGUUCGACGGGCAAAAAGAAUGAAAGAGAAAUCGAAUGUAUCGAAUCGAUGUUGUCUCGAUGGUACACGUUCAUUGUGUUGUUCAUAUUUGUGUGAGCGCAAUGUUUUUUCCUCAUCGAAUUAAUUUGAUUCAGUUGCGACUUGAUCGUGGUCAAUGCAUGACACAUCAAGCCGAAAAUCUACGUUUCGUUCACAUGCAACGAAAUUGUUUAGCUUAAAAACGAGAGUGUUAUUUUUCGACGAAUUUUGAGAAGAAAAAAAAGAGACAAAGUUUGAAAAAAAAAAGUCCUGAAACAAGAAAAGUUUGUGUUUCUGACAUUUGAAUAAGAUUUUAUUUUUGUGUGACAAGGAUUUUAAGUGAAAUAUUUCGUUUCGUUUCAACAAACAAUUCGUAUUAAUGAACAUUCAUAAAAAGACGUAAAAAAAAUGAUAAAAGGAAAGUUUUACGCUGGUUUGCCCAGCGAAAUGAUGGCACGUGAAUCCACGCGUAAUGUAAAUCGUAUGGAAUCGCACUUCUUUUGGCCAGAUGAAACCGAUUUGGUAUCGGUCGAACCACGGUCGAAGCGUACCAUUUCAAAAGCACCACCAAUUACUACAAACAAUAAUAACCAAACUGACAUCGCAAAAUCCGACAUCAAGCCAAAGGAACUAGUUCGCAAGCAACUGUCAUCGGGCAUCCAAUUUUAUGAUAAUGUCAAUGCUAAAACACCCGAAGCACGUCGACGACAUUUCAAAAAGAUUGACAACAUCAAUUUAAAUAAUAACAAUGACAGUGAUUUUCAACCAGAGAAAAAGAAACUCGAAACAUUUUCGUCAAAAAUUGAGUUCUACGAUUUUGAGCACGAAAACAAUGCGAAAAAUGGGAAACCAGUCAAUAACAACACACGGAAUGUGGAAGAAAUGCAGAAAGACGAAAUCAAACCGAAAAAUGAAAUGAAAUCGAAAAAUGAAAGUCCCGACGUAAGCAAAAAACGGAUUUCAUUUCGAACGGAUGAAAAAGCGACAGAGAAAACAAAAGGCAUUUUGAAAAACAACGAAGAGAAGUCGACAAUUGAGAAAGUGUUGGUGAAACCGUUGCCGAAAAGAGGACUAUUACCCAAAAAUCUGAGCAAAUCGGUGGAAAAUAUAUCGAAAUUGGCAAAAGAUAUCGAUGAAAUUGAUACAGGUGCCGAUAAGAAGCCAGAGAAACUGAGCACGAUCAUCAAAGAAGUGAAAAAUUUGAAUUUGUCGUCUCAAAAACGGAACCAAAACAGCGAUGAAAGAGAUUAUGAAAGAGAUUCAUAUGGUUGGAACUCAGAUCGAAUUGAGCCAAGAAGAAAUAACAUGGACUAUGAUCACCAUGCAGAUAGAUAUGAAAGUAGAGGAUAUCGUGAUGAAGAGUAUCGAUACAGGAACGAAGAAAGAAGUCGCAACGAACCAUACAGAUAUAAUGAUCGAUAUGAUGAUUACCAUGACCGAGGUGAUAGAGGAUAUGUGGAACGUCGCUAUGAAAGAUCCCAAAAAGUUUCGUAUCCACAGCCAAGAGACACCAUUGAAUACAGAGACCGACCACGGCGUUAUGAAGAAAGUCCAAUCCGUAGUGAUAGACGUUCACCCAAUUAUGAUCGCCAUGACUAUGGCCGAGAAUAUGAACGAGAACCGAAACGUACGGCGAUACGAGAUUCAAAGCCAGCUCCGCGAAAAUCCAUCGAUAGCUAUUACGAUGAGCCACCAAGUCGAACCGUUCGUCAUGAGGAAGAGGAAUAUUCAACGUGCAUCAGCCAAAAACCAAAACACAUUCCACAACAUCUUAGGACCAAUAUAUUGUUCAAUGGUCGAGUUGGCCAACAAACCCAGCGGCCAAUGAGCGUACGCAACUCCGCUGUAACUCGUGUAGGUGUUGGCUUGCCCGACUACGAAUGAAAAAUAUUGCCGCUGCUGCUGCUGCUGUAGCAGCUGUUUAUGUAAAAGCAAUUUAACACAUAACACGAUUGACAACGAUCAUUAAAUCCAAUUGAGUUGGCCUUAUUCGAAUUGAAUAACGAGAUAUAAACACCGAUGUACUUAAUUUCUUCUAGUUUUUAUGAUUAUAUUUUCUUCCUUUCUUUCCGAGCCAUCAAACGAUAUAUCCAACUGACACUAAUAAAAUGCUAACAAACAUGUUUUUUUUUCUCUUUGUAAUUCUGUGUGUCUUUUAUUCAUUUCACAACAAUAAAGAGAAGGAAAAAAAACAAGAAA